AUGGCACCUAAAGAGAUGCAAGAAUUGAAGACACAAUUACAAGACUUGUUAGAUAAAGGCUACAUCCAUCCUAGCACCUCACCAUGGGGAGCCCCAGUGCUAUUUGUUAAGAAGAAAGAUGGGAGCAUGCGGUUGUGCAUUGACUAUAGGGAAUUAAAUCAAGUUACGGUGAAGAACAAAUAUCCACUCCCUCGAAUAGAUGAUCUGUUUGACCAACUCAAAGGAGCGGGUGUGUUUUCGAAAAUCGACCUGAGGUCCGGAUAUCAUCAAAUAAAGGUAGCCGACCAGGACAUCUCAAAAACAGCCUUACGAACUCGCUACGGCUACUACGAGUACACAGUAAUGCCCUUCGGAUUGACUAAUGCCCCCGUAGUAUUCAUGGAUCUCAUGAAUCGAGUGUUUCGCCCUUACUUGGAUGACUUUGUGAUUGUGUUCAUCGAUGACAUCUUAGUCUACUCUCAAAGUAAGGAAGAACAUGAAAAACAUCUCUGA